UAAAACGUUCGGAAUUCGUUUUCUCGAAUCUUUCGAAGGAAGAGGAGGAAGAAGAAGAAGAAGAAGAAGAAGAAGUAUUGGCCAUGGAGAUGGAGGACAGAGGUCGAAGCAGAAAGCGGAAGAGGGCGAAGCAUCGCAGAAACAAGUCUGAGGGAUACAAACAAGUACAACCUUCUCAUUCGAAGAAAACAAUCGGCGAAGUUCCAGAAGAAGAUGAAGGAAAAGAACAUCCUAAAUCUUCUGCUUCUGUCAGGGCGAAAAAAUCCGUCGGACUCGCCAAGUCCUCUUAUUUUCUGGAAAAGAUGAAAGCGAGGUUAUCAGGUGGGCAUUUCAGAAUGCUCAACGAGAAGCUCUACACUUGCACCGGGAACGAGGCACUUGAUUACUUCAAAGAAGACCCUACACUGUUUGAUAUGUAUCAUGCAGGAUAUCAAGAGCAAUUGUCGCAUUGGCCUGAGCUACCAGUAAAUAUAAUUAUAAAAUGGUUAAAAGAUCAUAGCCCUUCUCUGGUUGUUGCUGAUUUUGGCUGUGGUGAUGCACGCCUUGCAAAAAAUGUGAAGAACAAAGUCUUCUCCUUUGAUCUUGUCUCACAUGGCCCUUCAGUUAUUGCUUGUGAUAUGUCAAACACGCCUCUAAAUUCCGAAUCAGUAGAUGUUGCCGUAUUCUGUCUCUCGCUAAUGGGAACAAACUUCCCGAAUUACCUGCAGGAGGCAUGCAGAGUUCUUAAGCCCUGUGGGUGGCUUUUGAUAGCAGAAGUGAAAAGCAGGUUUGAUCCAAAUACUGGAGGAGCAGACCCCAAAAAGUUUACCAAAGCCGUUUGUGAUCUGGGAUUUUCCUCAAUAACAAAGGACUUCUCCAACAAGAUGUUUAUUUUAUUGUACUUCAAGAAAAAGGAAGUGAAAGAUUCAAAAAGGAGGAAGGAUAUCGAAUGGCCUGAGCUGAAACCUUGUUUGUACAAGCGCCGGUGAGAUUAACUCUCAGAGCUUUGUUUCGUAGGAGUGAAAAAUGGGAGGAGGGAGAGGGGUGAUAGUCGAAGGAUUUUGAUCUCGGAAAAAAAAAAAAAAAAAAAAA